CGAAAUCUGGUUCCUACAGAUGAGAUUACAGUGUACUACAGAUCACAUCCAGAAGGUGACUACCUGGAUACUGUUAUUAAGGAACAUACGGAUUUCAUUCUUGCAACAAUAAAGGCUGCCCUGAAGCCUUACCCGGUGCCUACCUCAAAAGAAGUUCUCAUCCAGGAAACAACCCAACUGAAGGGAUCAGAGCUAGAAAUUACACUCGUCAGAGGUGGUUUGUGUCAGUGUGUUGGUCCAGCCUGUGCCUACGUCAACCUCAAAGUUUGUGUUAAUGGGACAGAGCAAGAUGGUGUGUUGCUGCUGGAAAAUCCAAAAGGAGAUAAUACCUUGAACUUCACUGGACUUGUAGGUGCUGUCUCCUGCAUUUUUGGUGUUAAAAAUUCAAACCUGACGGUUUUUAAUGGAAAAACAGAACUGAUAAACAAAACUGACUUGCUUAGUCUCAGCGGAAAGACUCUGCAUGUGACAACAGGGUCAGCACCUGCUCUGAUCAACUCUCCUGAUGCUCUGCUCUGCCAGUAUAUCAACUUGCAGUUAAUGAAUGCAAAACCACAAGAAUGUCAGAGAGGAACAGUGGGAACUCUUCUAAUGGAAAACCCUGUUGGUCAGAAUGGAUUAACGUACCGAGGUCUUCUACAUGAAACAGCAAAAGUUUUUGGGCUCAGAAGCAGGAGGCUAAAAUUGUUCCUGGAUGAAGCGCAAACUCAGGAGAUCACAAAGGACAUCUCCAUGAAGAACUUGAACAUGAAGACUGUGUAUGUUCAUGUUAUACCCACCACAGCUGAAUGUUGAGAAUUCCAUUUUUAUGAAUAAGACCACGUAGACUUUUUUCCACAAAAAUGAAGUCAAAUUAAAUUGGUAUGCUUUGGUAUGCUUUUAGAUAAACAUCCAAGUUGUGUAUGGUACUUUUUAACAUCUCAGAUUGCACACAGGAUGUUUUCUACCAGUGCAUGUCUAAUAUGCUGCUCUUCGGUUUGAAAUACAAUGUAUUUUCAUUAUGUUAUCUUAUGAUACUGUAAAAGCUGUUCGGAAAAAUGUCAGAACUCCUUAACCUUAGAUAUCUAUGCAGUAAUUUGCCUGAAAGAAAUGGGACUAGUACCUCAGUGAUGCUGUUCUCUGCCUGCCCUUUAUGCACGGGCAUCUUUUAUUUUCUAAACCGUGGGUUACCUACAAGGCUCUAUGAU